GGCAGGAGAACAGGAAAUGCCACCACUCAUCCCACAGCGCAGAGAGCAAAGACAGGUCAGCAUCAUGCGUGGUCUUCUCUUCAGUAGUGUUGUGGUCUUGGCUGCACUCCACCUCGCCACCUCUCUCAAGGUUAAUGGAGAUCAGGAAGUUAAAGAGGAAAACCAGGCAGGUCAACGCACUUUCUACCAACUAGGCCUCAGAAAAUUCUGUAGACGAAUCUCUACCUGGCUAAGCACUACAGGAGCUGCGAUUAUUGCUGGAACCAGUGGACUCCCAGUCAGCCAGUGGACCGAACAGGAACUGUUCGUACGUUUUAUGAACACCCUGUGUGGAGUCAGCAGAGAACUGGAUGACAGGAACUUGUUAAUGGAACAAAACCUUCCUGUUCCAGCUGAGAUGGAGAGACUCUUUGGACUUAUUACAGCUUUGGACCCCACCACUGUAGUCUGUAGACGAAUUAGAAGCUUUCUGGUAACCACAGGAGCUACAAUCAUGCAGUCAGCGUCUUCCAUCCCCACGCUACUCACUACACCUCAAGUACUGAUCAGUAUGCUGUAUGCUGCUUGCAGCAUCACCAGAGAUGCCCAGAUGACGGAUGAAGAUUUCCUGGUCGCCUUCAGUUUAACACCUGGGCCUAUUGCACACAUAGGUUGAAAGCCUUUUAAAACUUCCUUAGUCUGUACUUCAUACGGACCCAAAAUUCCUCCAACUUAAUCCAAAACAUUGAUGAAAAAAUUAAUAUAUGAACUUGAAAAACUUAAUUCGUAAACUUGAUGAGAUUUUUUUUUCCAUGGGCAUAAGUUGAUCCAAGAAAACGAAAACAACUUGAUCCAAAAAAAUUGAUAGUGAUCCAAAAAUGAGAAGAAAUAACUUGAUCCAGGAACUUGAAACAACUGCAUCCAAGAACUUGAUUUUAAAACUUGAACCAAGAAAAUGAAAUUAAAACAGUCUAAGAAUUUGAAAAAUAUCGUCAUUCUGAAAAAAAAAAACUUGAUCUAAGAAUAUAAAAAUAGUGUCAAAGUUUAAAAACUUGAUCCUAAGAAUCUAAAAGCAAAACUAAGUUUAAAAAUGUGGAAAUUUUACCCAAAAUAUAAAAAAAAAAAAAUUUUAAUGUAAUAAUCUGAAAGAUUUCCUUCCUGAACUUCAGUCAGGUGUUACCAAACUUUCAGUCAUCGUAGACUUCAAUGUUGACAUCAUUCUCUACUGAUAGAUAAUCAUGACAUCCUACAUUAUACUAAUAGAUAGUAGAUAAUCAUUCUACUCACCUUUCCCAAAAGUUUUUUUUUUUAUCUCGUAUUAAAAACAGCAAAAAAUUUAGAAUUGGA